UGCAUGUAUGUUAUAAUUUCAAUUUCAGGCGAUAAUUUCCUAAAUAAUUGGUUAUCAAAAUGGUUGUCGAUUAAUUUGCUAAUGGAUUAGUUGUCAAUUAAUUAUUGCACCUCUUGUUACCAACAAUUUCGAAUGAACAUUGACUGACGAGCAUACUAUAUUGUAGUGUCUCCAAGGACAACGCCAACUUCAGGAUGAUGAUAAACACUCAGAAGGAAAACAAUACUGUACAUUAUUUUCAAUUACCGGUAAUGAUACCCUACUGGACGCCAUGAACUGUAUGUAUUAAAAAAGUUGUCCGGGAGUUUAAGAGGACGCUCGCCACGCUAAAGUUUAUGCUUAAGUUAACGCGAAUAUAAAUUCUAUGCUAGCACUACGAGUUAAUGUUUACUGUGUGAUGAUCAGAGGUGGGUAGUAACCCAUUACAAGUACUACGUUACAUUUACUUGAGUAACUUUUUGAGGAAAAUGUACUUCUAAGAGUAGUUCUACGAAGCUAUACUUUUUACUUUUACUUGAGUAGAUUUCUGAAGAAAAAAACGCAACGCUUACUCCGCUACUUUGGGCUACACAAGAGUUGUUACAUUUUUUCUCUUUAUUGUAUGUGUUGGAUUUAUUUAUUUAUUUAUUUAUUUGCCGGCGAGUAGCCAAGAGUAGUUCCACCAAUUUUACCAAUGAGACAUCGCAACAAUAAUCACAUGACUCGGUUAUACCACUCAGAUGCGAGCUUGUUGUUCUAUGUUAAUGCCAGCCUGUUCCGUCAUGUAGUGUCUUUAAAGCACCUUAAAAAAUGAAGAAUUUGACGUGGAGCACUGCCCUCAACAUGAUUCGAAAGCGCAGAAUUAAACCUCUUUCCCAGUUUUUAUUUGGCGCCGAUUGACGACAGAAAAACGGAGAUAUGUUCCGAUAAAUUUCAUAAUAGCAACUAUGAAGGAACUAUUCACUAUUCAAACUAGGAACUAUUUUCUCCUCCAGAGGGCAGUCAUGCUCUUUGGACAAAUGAGGCUGUCAAAAAUAAAUUCUCUUGUCAGAAUUCAAUUUUUUAUUUUAUUUAUUUGCCUUAAUGUGGUUAUGUAAUGGGUUGUUGUAGAGGAUCAUUAUAACAGCAGGUCAUAUAGAUAACUGUGCUAUAAAAAAAAAAAAAAAAAGACUUUAAAAUAAUAAUAAUAAUAAUCUAAGCAAUUACUCAUUAGUUGUGUAUUCUUUUCACCAAAUACUUGUACUUGACUACAUUUUUUGGACGACUACUUUGACCUGAGUAAGAUUAUUUUGAAGUAACGUUAUACUCUUACUUGAGUAAAAUUUUUUGACAACUCUACCCACCUCUGGUGAUGAUCACAGACCUUGAAAGGCUAAAGCAACAUUGCAUAAUCUCUAUUAAAAAGGCGAGAAAGCAGUAUUACCAUGCGUUUCAAAACAAGCGAGCCUGGAGAAGACACCGGUUAGUGUGCAUGUGUGGAGGGGGCAGCACGUCACAUGAGUGACACAACCAAACACUGCUAAGAUGCAGGCUGACUACACAUACAAUAAGAAAAUGUUUCACAACGUGAACAUUUUCGUCUCGUUCUCACCUCAUCAGACGAAAAGGGGCAUUCAUGUCGUUAUGUUUUCGUCUACUGUGACACAUUUUUAGCUCGGCAUCGUCACGGAAAAAAUUAUUCGUCAACGCUAUAUUUUUUUUAUCGUCAUUGUUGAAGAACAUAAGUGGGAAAUUUCAGUUUUUCUGAUUUACAGAAAGAAACAUUUUUAAAAACAAAACAUUUAAAAAUGAAAAUAAUCUGCAUAAAUAUCAUCAUGUUUGUUGCGUUAGAUGUUUUGUUUAUUUUUUAUUUUCAUUUUAUUUGAACAGCAUUCAGAUGAAUUAAUUUUGGCCUGCUGCUCGUCCCUGCAUGCUAGAUAGUAGAUGUAGUGUAUUUUUUUGUUUUGUUUUUGUUAUACACUCCAUUUUUUUGUAUUCAAAUGUGUUGCUUUUCCAAUUUGGGCUCUCUUAAUUUUAUUAGCAGGUACACAGCAGAAUGUUUGAGGGGGUUUAAAUUCAGAUUAUGAGCAUUUAAGGUUGAGAUUAUUUUUGAAUUUGUAUUCGUUUUUAGAAUUUAAUAGUGGGCCGGUCAAGCAGUAUAUUAGUAAAAAAAAAAAAAGUUUGCCUUUCCCCUUCAAUUCUGAGAAACAUUUCUUGACAUUUUUCCCUCAGUGAAUAAUAGUCAAUUAUCAUCUUGUUAUUCUAGUAAAGAUUCAUAUUAAACUGAUGUGAUUUGGCUAUUUUCCAGCCUCAUUUGCCCACUCAACCCGCAUCUUCCUCCUCUUUAAUCUGCUGCUGUGGGAUUAGCACGCGUUGCGGGGCCCACGCAUGAAUGCAGCAACGGUGCAGGCGUUGUCCCGUCCACCUGUCGUGUUUUGAGGAGGGCCUUUGAUUAUUUGCGCGUGAUGAAUAACCCCCACACACCAACAGCAUCUGGAGAUUAUUUAUGCGUCGAAGGAUAUGAAGCAUUCAAAGAGUCAUAUUUUGGUGAGGAAUUCAUUUAAAAAAAAAAAAAAAAAAAGCUAAUAAGAAUAUAAAUGUUAAAUGCACCUAAUUUCCAAAUAGUGCAUGUAUUUUCGAUUCAUAAGAUUUCAAGAGUGUGUGGAAAGGGCGUCUAUAAAGCAUCCAUGAUGAUCCACAGGAAUCCUGAAUCCUCGCUGCUGAUUGGCUGCUGGGCUCUGCCUCUCGUCGGUAUGGACCUGUUGGAUAAAGGGACCAUUUUGUAAAGAAGCCCCCGCACGCACUUGUGCACAGAGGACCAUGCACUGGGGAACAGCCUGUUAAUCCACCAAAAAAAAAAAAAAAAAACUCAGCCGAACCCAACCCACCAUGACGGGCAAACAAGGCGCGGUGUUGUCGGGAACUUUGAACCCCGUGGAGACGAGAAAAGCUCCUCUGGGUGUCAAUGGAGGCAGCGGCAUCAACAACCAGCAGCAGCCGGCCAAGGCCACCGUCAUCCAUCCGCCCAGCAGGUGCACGGGCUUCGGCAUCCAGGAGAUCCUGGGGCUCAACAAGGAGCCGUCCGCGGCCCCGAGGAGCCCGCUCAGCUCCUUGCCGGCCGGGGCGCACCUCAUCGCGGCCAGAUCUGUGCUGGGACACGCCGGUGUGGGUGUCGGGAUGGGAUUAAUCGGCACCGCUGGGAUUCCGGCGUUUUACAGACAGCCCGCGUUUUUGGAGGGAGUGCUGGACCCGCAAGACGUUCGCCUACAGCCGCACAACACCUCCUCUGCGGGGGGGAUGGAUGCAGGACAGUCUGCAAGCUCGGACUCUGAAGAUUUGUCUUCAAGUGAAAGAAAAGUGUCCAAGUCUUCAAUAGCUCAGAGCAAGAAACGCAAGAAAAGACGUCACAGGACCAUAUUCACGUCGUAUCAGUUGGAGGAGUUGGAGAAGGCCUUUAAUGAGGCCCAUUAUCCUGACGUGUACGCACGAGAGAUGUUGGCCAUGAAAACAGAAUUGCCUGAAGACAGAAUACAGGUGUGGUUCCAGAACCGUAGAGCCAAAUGGAGGAAGAGAGAGAAGUGCUGGGGUCGUAGCACUGUCAUGGCCGAAUAUGGUCUCUACGGGGCAAUGGUCAGACAUUCCAUCCCACUACCUGAGUCCAUCCUCAAGUCGGCUAAGGAUGGCAUCAUGGAGUCCUGUGCCCCCUGGUUGCUAGUUCAAGAUGGCUUACCGAUCAACAGACGCUAUUCUAAAUCUGAAUACCCGCAACUCUUUGCAGGGAUGCACAAAAAGUCCAUGGAGACUCCGCCGCCCCCUCAGCCGGCGGCCGCCAAGUGCGACGAGUCGCCGCCGCCGCCUAGCUCUCGGCGGACCGAAGACUCGGAGCCGGAGGAGAGGAGGUCGAAGGGCGAGUUGGCCAUUUCUAAAGAGGAACUGAGAGAGAACAGCAUCGCAGCCCUCAGGGCCAAAGCGCAGGAGCACAGCGCCAAAGUGCUCGGGACAGUGCGUCACGACAGACUGGAUGAGGACGAACGGGAGAAAACCUCUACUCCGCGUAGUCCCGCGGAUGACAGGCACAGCCCGUAAAGUCUGAACACUCAAUGUGGGGUGCUGACCUCUCAGUGGCUCUUCUUAAGCAACUUGUGUCUGGACUCUCAUGAGGACAAUUCACUUCUACGCAGAAGAUUCAAGCGCACUUUUUUGGGGGGUUCUAAUUCCAAACAGUUCCCAUUUUACAUCCUGAACUGCGACAUUUUCAACUGAAAAAAAUCCUGCCACGAUCCUCUUAUAGGAGGAGGAACGUAAUUGUUGUCUGUGUGAUGCUGUAUAUCAGGGGUUCUCAAACCAUUGGGGUCCAGAGCCAAGGAAAAAACCCAAGGAUCUCAUCACAAUUCUUACAUAGCUUCAAGCAUUCCUCAAUCCUGACGUUCCCGAACAUACCUUAUUCUGCUAUCCAGUUAAACACUAAAUGUUAUCACACAAUAAUUCAAAACACCGAGAUUGACAUUGGUUUUCAAUAAUAUGCCAAUUGUUAACUUGACAUCAAUGGACUGGUAAUUACGCCACCAAUAAAACCCUCGCCGCCUCUGCAACCUCAUGGAUUGUGCUAACCGCUGAGCUAAAAGCCCCGAGCUAGCAGCUGCUAGCACACUCUUCUUAACCUUCAGGGACUUGAGGGCGCUUUCACACUACCACUGUUUGUUUCGUUUUGAACGGACCAGAGUUCUUAGUCCGCUUCGUUUUGUAAAUGUGAACGUGUAUCUAGUUCGGACCAAACAAACAAACUCUGGUCCGCUCAAUAAUUGUGCAUAGACUUCAUAAUGUAUUGACGGGACACGGGGCCGAUAAAUAGGGGGCCUGCAUUGUUGGCGAGGCCAUCAAAGCUGACCGAGUGGAAUCACAGACAAAGAGUUUUUUUUGUUUAAAAUUCUUGUGAAUAAAUGCUUAAAUCCUUGAAUUCUUUAUAGAUAUGGACGUAAAACAGUCUCGAUUCUUGGUUAAAAGCAGAAAAAAAAAAACGUGCAGUUAGCAUUUAUUUUCCGUAAAUAUGUCGAAGUACAAUGCUAGUCUGUUACUGAAUGUAGCUAGCGGCCGCUUGAUGUAAACAGAGCUUUUCCGGUGAAAAUUCUUUUGAAUAUAUGCUUAAAUCCCCUAAUUCUUUAUAGAUAUGGACAUAAAACAGUCUUGACUUUUGGUUAAAAGCAUAAAAAAACAUGCAGUAAGCAUUUAUUUUACGUAAAUAUGCCGAAGUACAAUGCUAGUCUGUUAAUGAAUGUAGCUAGUGGCCGCUUGAUGUAAACAGAGCUUUUCCGGUGAAAAUUCUUGUGAAUAAAUGCUUAAAUCCCCGAAUUCUUUAUAGAUAUUGACGUAAAACAGUCUCGACUCUUGGUUAAAAACAAAAAAAAACGUGCAGUUAGCAUUUAUUUUACGUAAAUAUGUCGACGUACAAUGCUAGUCUGUUACUGAAUGUAGCUAGCGGCCGCUUGAUGUAAACGAAGCUUUUCCGGUGAAAAUAUUUGUGAAUAAAUGCUUAAAUCCCCGAAUUCUUCAUAGCUAUGGACAUAAAACAGUCUUGAUUCUUGGUUAAAAGCAGAAAAAAAAACGUGCAGUUAGUAUUUAUUUUACAUAAAUAUGUCGAAGUACAAUGGUAGUCUGUUAGUGAAUGUAGCUAGCGGGCGCCUGAUGUAAACAGCUUUUCCGGUGAAAAUUCUUGUGAAUAAAUGCUUAAAUCCCCGAAUUCUCUAAAGAUAUUGAUGUAAAACAGUCUCGAUUCUUGUUAAAAGAAAAAAAAACGUGCAGUCAGUAUUUAUUUUACGUAAAUAUUGUGAACUAUGAUGCCAAUGCAGUAGCAGCUAAUUUCUACAAUUGAUUUUUUCCACAACGUUUCAAAAUGAUUGCAUGGUACGAAAAAUAUAAUAAUAACCUUGAAUUCUCGAACAAAUCACCCCUGGGACAAUCCUUCCUGUUUGUAUGCAGUACACCUUUCAUACUUUUUCAACAGAAAUCCGGCGUUAGAUCGCUGCGUGCAUGUGUUUGUGAAUAGCUCCUCUUGAUGUGGGUGGCCCCUUGCUUGAAUGUGAGGCGCAGUGCAUGACCGAUCUGACCCGUCAAUACAUUAUGAAGUCUAUGAAUCAUGGGUCUCGGUCCACUUUAAGCGCACCCUGCUUUGCUUGUGAAUGCAACCGGAGCAGAGUCUGCUUUUGUCAGUGUACAGUGUCACAGCAUGGAGCUGUGAUGCUCCAGGCUAUUCAAAAUAAAAAAAUAGCAAGAUGGCAGAUGAUUAGCCAUGGUCAAAUGUUGUUGUGCUGCGUUAAGCAGUUGCAUUUGAUACACAGAAUCUGAUUCUACUGUGGCGGUUGUGUUUUGCAUGCUGUUGCUGAACUGUGUGAGAGUGACAGUGGCAUAGUCAGCUGGCGCUGGAGUCUCACUCUCCUGGAAGUGGCGAGAAUUUGACAGUCCAAAAAGUGUCACAAAAGUGAAAGCAAUUGUAUGCCUGUGUGAUGUACAAUGCGGUUCCCUUUCGUGGUUUAAUUUUUCCCUAUGCAUUCUCUAUAUACUCCAGUUUGCUCGGCAUAGAGUCUGGAGGGAGAGACCCCGCUGCUGGCUGAGCGGUGACUUGCUAUGCUAUGCUACAUUACUUGGAGUGUCACAGCACCACUCUAUGACGCUCCAUGCUCCCUUCCCUACCUUGACGGAUGAUCUCCUCUUCUAUUUGUCCAAUCAAUGAGUGCGCCUUUCGUCCAUGUGAUGCUACUGAGCUACUCGGAAAGUUCGGUUGGCGCAGUGUGAAUGCUGAACCUUUUCAACAACUCAUUUGCAAGUGUUGUUGCGAGGUAGCUCUCCAACCGGACCAUGGUCCUCUUGGUUUAGUGUGAAAGCGCCCAUAGUUUACCUACGCACACAGCACUUGCUAGCAUCCGUUACACGAUUACACAAAUACAAAGUGGUUGUCUAUGUGACAUGAAACCUUCCUUUUUAUAACUACGAACAUUGCUCACAAGGAAGCUAACACUCACUACCGUUUUAGUUAAAGAUGUCGAUCGAUCGGGUCCGAUCACGUCAUUUUCAAAGUAUCGGAAUCGGCAAAAAAAUAUCAGACAUGCCUUUUUUUAAAUAUAUAUA